AUGAAACAACUUCUCCUUGCCACAUAUCUGUCAGCCUUUAGUUGUUGCUUGGGCUCAGAACUGUCAUUCAUACUGGAACCAAGUGAUGUGAUCGCAGUAAGGGAUCAACCACUCAUGCUGGACUGCCAGGUGCAAGGCGAGCAACCGAUUACUAUCACAUGGCGUAAAAAUGGAUUGCUCUUACCUUUCAGCCCACGAAUCCAGGUACUGGAAAAUGGAACACUGUUGAUCCAUAGAUUCCAGAAACGCAGAGAGGGGACUGAUGCAGACAUGGCCGAGUAUGACUGUGCUGCACAGAAUCGUUAUGGCUUGUUGGUGAGCCGCAAGGCCAAAGUUCAUUUGGCGACUCUUCCAAAGUUCCACACUCAUCCAGUAUCCAUGUCUGUGAAUGAGGGAGGAGUUGCUCGCUUCCAGUGUCAAAUACAUGGUAUUCCUGAGGCUACCAUAACAUGGGAAAAAGAUAAAGGACCGCUGAACACUUCUGACAGCAGGUACAUUCUUCUUCCAAUGGGUAUUCUACAAGUAACAGGUGUAAGGAGGGCAGACUCUGGGAUUUUUCGCUGUCUAGCCACCAAUAUCGCAAACACUCGUUACAGUCAUGAAGCCACACUCAAUGUUAUGGGUGGAGCUCCUAGAAUCUAUAAGGAGCCAGUCAUCCUUUCUGGGCCCCAGAAUCUUACCAUCACUGUCCAUCAGACUGCCAUUUUGGAGUGCAUCGCCACAGGAAACCCUCAACCCAUUGUUUCUUGGAGCAGGCUAGAUGGACGUUCUAUUGGAGUGGAGGGUAUACAGGUCCUUGGGACAGGCAACCUGAUGAUCUCAGAUGUGACCCUGCAACACUCUGGUGUUUAUGUGUGUGCUGCCAAUCGACCUGGUACCAGAAUGAGACGCACAGCACUGGGACACCUGGUGGUACAAGCUCCACCUGAGUUCCUGCAAUGGCCACAGUCAGUGUCCAGACCAGCAGGAGGCAGUGCUGUAUUCACCUGUGUUGCUCAGGGUGUCCCUGAUCCCCACCUAAUUUGGCUGAAGAAUGGUAAAGUCUUGAUGCCUGGACAAACUGUCAAGCUGACAAAUAACAACAGUACUUUAGCUCUGACCCUCAUCAGCUCAGAUGAUGAGGCUAUCUACCAGUGCAUCGCAGAGAAUAGUGCUGGUACUAACCAGGCAAGUGCCCGUCUAGCUGUGGCCCAAGCUAAAAGUCUGCCUGCUGCCCCCCAAGGCCUCAUGGCAAGUGCUUUGUCCAUCAACACCUUGCAAAUGACAUGGAAUAAUCCGUCCAUUGGCAUCGCUGAUAGCAUCAUUGGAUAUGUCUUACACAUCCGCAAACUGGGCGAGCCUGAUUACAUGGAGCUGCAGGAGACCAUAAGUAAGGAUACUUUUCAGCAUGAUGUAACCAACCUGGAAUCUAGCACAACCUACUCUCUCUAUCUGAAAGCCUACUCUUCCUUGGGGGCAAGCCAGCAGUCCAACACUGUGAUUGAAACAACACUUGGGAGUGUCCCAAACCCACCCAUCUGCUUUACCAAGGUUCUUAACUUCACCACUGUGCAAGUACUCUGGGAGCUACCUGCUAAGCCGGGCAAAACUGAGGGCUUCAAAUUGACAUUUCGCAGAAUCCCCCUCACUGACUACCAUGGGCCAAUUCAACUGCCUUUUCAUGCCAGUGCUCACACCUUAUCAAACCUUGAAUCUAGAGCUGUGUAUGAAAUUAAACUGGUGGCCUACAAUGGAAACGGAGAGAGUGAUUCCUCCAAGAGGCUGGUGUCACUAGCAGGGCAAGGCAUAAGUGACCAAAUCAAUGGUGGAAACAGGUUAUGUCAGUGCAGGGAUGCUGAAGCUUCUCUGGGCAGCGUCGUCAUUGGGAUUCAUAUUGGCACGGCCUCCAUAAUCUUUUGUGUCCUCUUUCUUAUAUUUGGAUACCGUCACAACCUGUUCUGCAGUGAAGGAAUGCAGGUCAAUUGGCCCAUACCAAGAUUCCAUGCAGGACAGAACAACAUCCCUAAAGGGGGAACUCACUACCCCCAGAUGGAGUCUGAAGCUCAGCAGAUGGUACGUCCUGCACGUUGCCAAGUCAUAAUCGAGCAGAAUCCAACAGGUGUUUCUGGCAUCGGAACUGGCUGA